CUGGCGGCGGAGAUUGGAAUCUCCUACUGUGAGAGCGGUUCUCCUCCAGGUGCUGAGCAAAAAGUGGAAGAUCUCUAUUCAUGAUGAACACAGACAAACAUCCUGAAUUUGCCUCCCAUGAGGGAGACAGGAUGGGUGAGUAUCUGAUUCUGUGUCCUUAGUAUGAAAGUGAUGAUGUUCAGGCUGCACACAUUUCUCCACAACUGCCACCAUCCUGCCUGAGCACACAGGGGAGUACUGAAAGUAGUGUGUGUUGAAAGCUGAAGGAGUAUGUGUGGAGGAACUUGAAACAGCAAGACUUUUGCAGUGAUACUGCAGAUAUGAGGUCACAGGAAGAGGAAGAAGAGAAGGAGGACAGCUUUUACGGCGAAAAUGGGAUACAGUGCGUUGAAGAUGGGAUAGAUCUGUGUGCGAUAAAAACUGAGGCAGAGGAAAUGGAAGAUAACGAGCAGUAUCUCAAGGCUGAAAAAGAAAGACAGAUUGUACCAAAAGAGGAAGCAGAGGGGGCCAGUGAGGACGGCAUGGAGGAAGGACUUGAUGAGGAAAGGACAGAGGACGACAAUGAUGAGGACAGGGAGGGGGACGGGGAUGAAGAGGGUGAUGCCCUGAAUGAGCCGCAGGACCUGUCGCUGGUGGACUACUCCCGUUACGACAGCGCGGCCCUGCAAGACGCCCACGCAGCAGAAGAGUCUGCAGAGGGGCCCCGCAUUCAGGCAACAGGCAAGCUCAACUGUGACAUCUGUGGCCUGUCCUGCGUCAGCAUCAACGUACUGCUGGUGCACAAACGCAGCCACACGGGUGAGAGACCAUUCCACUGCACCCAGUGCGGGGCCUCCUUCACCCAGAAGGGAAACCUGCUUCGCCACAUCAAACUGCACUCCGGGGAGAAGCCUUUCAAAUGCCCCAUGUGCAGCUACGCCUGCCGCCGACGCGACGCUCUGAGCGGGCACCUGCGCACCCAUUCUGUGGAAAAGCCCUUUAAGUGCAACCACUGCAGUCGCAGCUACAAGCAGCGCAGCUCUCUUGAAGAACACAGAGAAAGGUGCCAUGUGUACAUUCAGAGCAAAGGCCCUGCUGAGAGAGAGGACAGCCACACAUCCAGGAAUCAGAUGGGCACUGAGCGUGCUCUGCUGCUUGACAGGCUCGCAAGCAACGUAGCCAAACGAAAGAGUUCGAUGCCACAGAAGUUCACCGGCGACAAUGGUGUCUGCCUGGACCUGAGCUUUAACAGGGAGCUGGUCCACCAAACUGAUGUCAAGGACCCCCUGGGAGGAUCUCCGGGGCCCGACGGCCAACAUCAGCAACAACCAAUCCUCACAGGCCCAGAAGGCGACGCGGCUCCCUCCCACAGGCCCUACCCCAUCCCAUUAGGUCGCAAUGACAUCAACCAUCUGGGCCUCACCAACGGCCACAAGAUGGGCAUGUCCCUCCUGGGCCUCCAUCACAACGCCCAGCAACCCCUUUGCAUGGACUCAUUCCACAAUGACAGCUCCCAAAUGUCCCAGCCCGUCAUGUACAGCCUAGGACACCUGCUGGGAGGGCUGAACCGCCAGAACGGCGUCCCUCACCCACAUGCCCAGUCCAUCCCCUUGUCACCAAUGGAGGCUUUGCGAGUGGCCCGGGCUGAGGGGGAGGCAGGAACGGGGGCAGCUUACCCCUGCAGCCACUGCAGGGUGAUUUUCCUGGACUAUGUCAUGUUCACCAUCCACAUGGGAUGCCACGGCUUCCGCGACCCACUGGAGUGCAAUGUGUGUGGCCACCGCAGCCAGGACCGUUACGAGUUCUCUUCACACAUAGCCCGUGGCGAGCACCGCUUAGAAUUGAAGUAACUUUCAUUCAUACCGAUGUUCAUGCUUGCACAGGCACACACAUGCACACAAGCUUAGGCACCGAUUUACUUGUAGCUGGUUGUUUUAAAUAUAAAAAAGGCAUGAAGUAGCAACUGUCUUUAGUGUGUGUGUGUGUGUGUGUGUGUGUGUGUGUGUGUGUGUGUGUGUGUGCGUGUGUGUGUGCGUGCGUGCGUGCGUGCGUGCGAGCGAGUGAGUGAGUGAGUGAGUGAGUGAGUGAGUGAGUGAGUGUGUGAGUGUGUGUUUGUGUCAAUGUGUGUGUGUGAAUGUGUGUGUGUGUGUGUGUGUGUGUUAGAGGGAGAUCUUAGGAGAAACGUUAUGGGAGUAUGAUUGGUUUCAGAGUGAUCUUAGUCACACUGACAUCAUAAAAAAUGACCUGUAGAAUGUUUAUGCAGGAGUUAUUCUACCUCCCUUUCAUGCAUAUUGACUUAAGGAUCCCUACUGACGCCUCUGUUUAUAUAACAUAACAGUAUGUCACAUUCAUCUAAAUGUUCAACAAAGUAGCCCAAAUGAAUGCAUGUCUUGUGUAUCUGCUGUUGGUUUUCCUGUUAUCUCUUUAAAGGUGUACAAAUAAAAGAGAGCCUCUUUUGCUCGUUGUCACACGCAGA